UCUAUUAUGGUAUUAUUUGUCUGAAUAUAAGCUGUAUAAGUAUCACAUGAUACGUUUAAAACCAAUUACAAAAGAGAACGUGUGAAGAUUUUUCGAAGAAAUGCUUUACCAGGAAUUGCGUUUAAACAGAGAAAGUGAAACAACAGCGUUUUGAAUUUGUACUGACAAACGUUAUAAAUUAAGUAGAGCUCAAUGCAAACUGCAGUAAAAGACAUGAAGGGUUUUUCAAGAAAAGGUUUUUUUCUUCUCAUCUGUGUUUCUCUUCUACUGGAUCAGAAUGUGGCUUGGCAGUAAGUGUUUUUAAGAGAAAGAUUGCGAGAGAGAGAAUGGACCGUUUUGUGAUACGCAUGGCUUGCUGCGGAUCGGGAAGACUGUUUUAUUGCGAAUCAAAUUAUCGCGUGCGUUGUAAUUUAAUAUAACUUUAGUAAUUAAUAAUUCAUGAGAUUGAUGAGAAAAACACCAAGGAUGUUACGAUCGUAUGGGAGUUUCAGUGUACAGCUGUACAAAAAUCCUGCUGAUUUACGUAAACUUUAAGUUCAUUUUUGUUACCAAAUACUGUAUCAUCCAGGUCUUUAAAUUAUCGAAGCCGUGCAUACGAACUAAAUACACUAAUUACAAGAUGCAUACAUAGAGGCGCUCAAACGUUUUAUACGCGAAAGAAAGCUAGAAAUAUACGGAUCAAAAAAGAAAGCUAGAAAUAUACGGAUUAAAAACAUUGUUAAAAGAGACUUUAUUAAAUAUCUUGGUAUAUAUAUUGAUAAUAAUCUAAAUUGGGAGUAUCAGAUCAAACACAUAAAUAGUAAAAUUGCUAAAAACACUGGAAUAAUGAAUAAACUCAGAUAUUACCUAGAUUUGAAAAUGCUUAAACAUUUAUAUUACACUCUAAUUUACCCAUACAUUAAUUAUGGACUGAUGAGUUGGGGUAAAACCUAUGCAACAAAGCUUAAUAAAGUACGAACAUGUCAAAAUAAAUGUAUAAAGAAUAUGUUUUUUGCAUCCAAAAAAGAAAGUGCAACAUUAUACAUGAAUUUACUUUCCAUACUAAAGCUAGACAACGCUUUUAAAUUGAAAAUAGCCACAUUUACAUACAAAAUUAUAAACGAAGAUAAAAAUAUCCCUAGGAUAUUUACAAAUAUCAUUUCUACUGCAUCUACUCAGCACUCUUAUUCUACUAGAUUUGCUGAAAAACAAAAUUUUAUUAGGUCGAAUGCUCGAACAAAUUAUGGAAUCUUUACUUUCAGAUUUAUUUCAUCAAAAAUUUGGGAGACAAUUCCUUACCAUAUAAAAGAGUCAAAUUCAGUUUCUGUUUUUAAGAAUAGGUAUAGUCAAUUCCUCAUUUAUUCCCAAAUAUAAAUACCUACACAGUUCUGUUAUGUCGCCGUCAUAUACUUUUAUAUAAUAAUAUGAUACAUAUAUACAGUGAUCAACUCGAAAGCAUUCCGCUAUUUUGAUCACUGUACACGUUUGUUUAAUAUAGCAGUUUUAAUAUGUGGGCUUUGAUUUUUGUAACUAUAUAAAUUUUCUGUAUGUUAUUCUUACUUAGUUUAAAUACGUGUGAAAUAAAUGUGAUUCUGUGAUUCUGAUUCUGCGACACCGUGUAAUCUAAAGUAAAGACAUUUGCAUAUACCCCAUCAAAAUAUAUACCCCAACAAAGUUGGUCGAGACCAAUUGGAAUGGCACGUAACGCGACACUGUAAUCUAAAGUAAAGACAUGCAGAUUUGCAUAACCCAGAUCAAAGUUGGUCAUGUGAUCAAGACCAUGCAAAUGGAAAACUACGCUUAAUACACUACUUUUACUUUCAUGCCAUUCACUUAUUUAGAAUAUAUCACCAUUUAGAAUAUCACCACUCAGAUGUGCCAUGGCUGCUGCUGGUGUCGUCGUUGGGGGCCCAGCUGCCGUAGCAAUGGUUGGCUAUGGCGCAGCUGGUAUUGGAGCUGGCACAUUUGCAGCCAACAUGAUGUCAUGGUCGGCAAUCGCUAAUGGAGGCGGCGUUGCAGCAACGAUGGGACUGGCUGGUUUUGCAAAGACACCAGCAGGGCUGGCCUUGAUAGCAGUUGGUUGCAUAAUUCCAUGACUAAUACUAGAAGAAGAUGAAUGAAUGAAACUGAUGAUUAUUCCUAUGACUGAAAGAGAAAAAUAUUUUUUAGAAGUGUUAGGGAAAGUACAUUUAUUAUGCCGAGGGGGGGGGGGAU